AUGUGUGGCAGCCUUUCGCCGGUGUGGCGGCCUUCGGCGGAGCAAGUGAAGCGGUGGCCUUCGUCGCGAUGUGGCAGCCUUCGCUGGCGGUGCGCAGCGCUUCGCUGGCGUGUGGCAGCCUUCGCUAAGUGGCAGCUCUUCGCGGUUAUCUGCAGUGAACUCUGUGUAAGGCUGAGGGUUGCCCCAGAAACCUCCCAGGCGAUGCAACGCACCCAGCUGGAGGACCCGCGGGCCCAGUGGCAGCGGGAGCAGGAGUCCAUGCUGCGGGACUACCUGGCCGUGGCCAGCGACGCGCUCAGCGCCCAGAAGGAGAUCUACCAGGUGAAGGAGCAGCGGCUCCGCCUGGCGCAGCAGGAGUACCGGCAGCUCAACGACACGUGGAGGGACAAGUCAACGUCACAGACCAGCUUGAAUUCCAGAUCGUCCUCAUCCAGCAAGUACGACCCAGACAUCCUAAAAGCAGAAAUAGCCACAGCCAAAAGUCGGGUGAACAAGCUGAAGCGGGACCUGGCCUGCAUGAAGCAGGAGCUGCAGUACAAGGAACAAGGCUACGAGACCCUCAAAGAGAUUGACCAGAAGGUGUCCAACAGCCCGUAUGGCUACAAGCUGCAGGAGGCGCAGGCUAUCCUCAGCGAGGUCCGCUCCAUCCGAGACGCCAUCAGCUCUGGGGAGAAGGAGAAACAGGAACUCAUGCAGAAACUGGCGGUGUUGAAGGACAGUUUCCAGCUGGACUCGGGCUCCCAGCAGGAGCUGUGGGGCAGCAGUCCCUCGCUCGCCAACUCGGAGCUGUCCAUCCCUCGCCUCUACUCGGACGCCGGCUCCCAGACCGACAUCCCCGCCGAGUUCAUGACCAGCACCAACAAACUGGCAGAGAAGGUUCGUCUGAGUCUCAAGUACGAGGAAGCCAAGAGAAGGAUCGCCACCAUCGAGGUGCAGAUCGCCAAACUGGACAGCGAGGCGUGGCCGGGGCUGCUGGACCCGGAGCGGGACCGCCUCAUCCUCAUCAACGAGAAGGAGGAGCUGCUGAAGGAGCUGCAGUACGUCGGCCCUCGCCAGCGCCUGCAGCCCAACGACGCCGAGAAGCUGGAGUCGGAGAAGAAGCGUCUGGAGCGAGACCUGCAGGCCGCCAGGGACAACCAGAGCAAGGCUCUGACUGAGAGGCUGCGACUUCACUGCAAGAGGAACAAGCUGGUGCGAGAGCUGGAGGAGAUGGUUCGACUGGCCACAUCACUACACACUCAACUCAAGAGCCUGUCGGCCAGCACUCUGUCCUGUUCGUCCGGCAGCAGUCGAGGCUCCCUAACGUCCAGCCGCGGCUCGCUGGCCACCACCUCCAGCCUGGGCUCCACCUCCUCCCUCAGCUUCACCGACCUCUACCUGGAGCAGCCCGAGCUGGCCGACCCGGACUUCCAGAACAAGCUGGACAGCCUCCUGGAGGGCGGCCAGGGAGGCUACCGCCCCUCCAGCUCCAUCACCACCAUACACGAACACGAAGUAGUGACGGCCUCCGGAGGCAGGGACGCCGGGAGGCCCGCGGCGGGCAAAGCGGGCGUGGUCGGGUGCUCCGCCGGAGGAGGCGCGGGGGAGGGCGUCGGCGUCGGAGCCGAGUCGGGGUCCUCCAGGGUUCCGGCGCUCCGGCCGCCAGAAACCCCUCGCUCCAUGAGCUCGCUGUCUCCGCGCUCGUCUCUUUCCUCGCUGUCUCCGCCGUGCUCGCCGCUGGUCACAGACUCUAGUUUCCUGUCGGGGGAGACGUUCGCGGGCCAGACGGGCCCCGGCGGGCUGGGCCUGGAUCUGGAGCUCCACAGCCGGCUAGCGGAGCUCGAGCUCAGCCUGGACUGUCAGGAGCAGCGGCAGGAGGAGCAGCGGCAGGAGGAACAGCGGAGUCCGGCGGGGCCGGGGGAGAAGCAGAACCACAACACCACGCUGGGCGAGGAGGUCAAAGACUCGGCACCCCAGUUGCGCGGGACGGGGGCGGGGCCAAAGAAGAUGGGCGUGACCUCAGCGGUGUCUGACGAGUCGGUGGCUGGCGAUAGCGGUGUGUACGAGCCUUCAGAGCGCAGGCCGGGCCUCCCUGCAGACCUCCCGCUCGCCUCCUACGAGGAGCGGUUGGCGCUGGGCUGCUCUCAGGUGCAGCUCGGCUUCCGCUACGAGUCCAGAGACCAACGCUUCACCAUCUACGUCAUGCAGCUGUCCAACUGCAGCGCCCUCUGUCUGCCGGCUGACCAGAAAAUGUAUGUGCGUUCGGCGGUGCUGCCCUGUGUGGAAGCCACGCGCUGCCUCUUCCGAACGCGCGGCUCUCUGCCUCAGGACGUCGUGGACGUCAACGAGGUGUUCAGCAUGCAGAUAUCCCACAGCGCAUUGCGGCAGAAGACGCUGAGGGUCGACAUCUGCAACACCAGCAAGUCGGGCCAUGAGAAGUGUCUGGCGGGAGCCCAGAUCAGCCUGGCUGAUGUCAGCUGUUCGGAGGAGAGAUGCACCAAGUGGUACAACCUGCUGAGUCGCGCCUACAUGCCCGAGAUGAACAACAAGGAGAAGGAGAGCAGAGCAGCCGGCGGCUCCGACAGGAAUCAUGUUUCCGGCGGUGGCGGAGUUGAAGUUUCUGCGAACGACGAGUGGCGUGACGACCCUCUGGACGUGUUCGACGACGACGAUGAAGAAGGAAAUGGCGAGGAGGGGGUGGGGCCUCUGGAGGAAGAGGACGCGUUUUAUCCUGACAGCAGGCAAUGGGAAGCAGAGGAGGAAGAGGAGGAGGAGGAAGAGGAAGAGAAGAUGGUGAAACCCCCGACGACGACAGCAGCAGCAGCAGCAGCCAUCACAGAAAAGGUGAACAAGGAGACGAGCAUGGACAACUUGCUGCCGUCCUACCACUGCUCCGUGGUCCGACCCAAGGAGCGCCGCCGGGACGUCCACCAGCAGAACCCCUUCAUGAGGGGGAACACCAUCAUCCGCUCCAAGACCUUCUCCCCGGGACCUCAGAGCCAGUACAUCUGCAGGAUCAACCGCAGUGACAGCGACAGCUCCACCCUCUCCAAGAAGUCUCCAUUUGUAAGGAACGCCUCCGAGAGACGCAGCAUGCGCAUGAAGAAGCCUCCGGUGCCGGUUAAAGGUCUGGACGGCCUGCUGCGGACGUCCCUGGACCUGGAGAUGGACCUGCAGGUGUCUCGGACGCGGCAGUCCCGGCUGGCGCAGGAGCUGCGGGUUCUGCGGGAGCUGAAGACGCAGCUGGAGAACGCCAGGCAGCAGGGCCAGAGAGAGCUGCCGGCCUGGGUCCAAGAAGACGAACGCUUCCGCCUUCUCCUCAAGCAGGCCGAGAUACAGACUCGCGAGGAGCAGCUGCAGGAGAAGCGGGUGGAGAAGAUGAUGAGGGCAGCAGCCAAGGGCGUCCACAAGAUCAGGGGCCAGAGCUGCAAAGAGGUCCCCAAGGUCCAGACCUUCAGAGAGAAGAUGGCGUUCUUCACACGGGCAAAGAGCAGCAUCCCCGACCUGCCGGCUGACGACGUGUAGAGGAGCAUUUCAGAAGUAUCUCUUCCCCCCUCCUCCUCCUCCUCCGAGUCUUAACCUGCUGUUCCCAUACAAAUGAAGCAACCGUUCGGCGGUGUUAUGAAGAAUAAAAAAAUAAAAAAGAACACUAUAAUAUGUUUUAGUAAAUAAAACGCUCAAAACGGUGAAAAAACCCAACACAUUUUUAAAGAGCUCAGCAUUUCUAAUGUGGAUAGUCUUUGUUUUUUAAUUAGCGAUAGCACUGAUAGUUUUUUUUUUUCUCCUUUUCCUUUUUAUUAUACUACUCUCUCCCCUCUCUCGCUCUUCCACUCUGUUUAUCGCGUUGUGUUUCUGUUACUAACCGGCUGUUUAUAGGCUUUUUUUAGGCGUUUAAAAAAAAAAAAAUCAUUCCAGCACAAAGUCACACAGCUGCACAUGUGCAUACACAGACUUUUGUACUAAAAUGAAACAUUUGGACAAAAAUAAAAACAUAUAUAUAUAUAUAUAUAUAUAUAUAUGUGUGUGUGUGUAUGUAUAUGUGUAUAUGUAUGUAUAUUGAUAGCACAAAACAAUAUCAAACAAUGGUACUAAAGCAAAAUAAGCAACUUAAGCUGACGAUAAAAGAAUCCUAAAUAUCCAAACUAAAGAGAUAUUAUAGAUGUUUGUUUUUUAGAGCAUUUUGUACGCAGACAAACAUGAGCACACCUGGAGCUUGUCUGAUGGGUACAGUUUUGACGGCACAGAUGGGUGUACGUACAUAAGCAUCAUCAGCACGCCUUCUGUUUGUUUUUUUCGCUAAACUGAAAAAGAAAUGAGAGGAAAAACUGGAACGCUUUACAAACCCGACUCUCGAUUUAGGUCGAAAAGUAAAAAAAAUCUUUACGAUUGUUUCUCACCAGUUACACACACACACACACGCACACACACUCGGCAAAGUGAAACAGCACUAACUCUCACUAACACUCAGGUAGUUGAUCGGAUAGUCUGCACUUUAAGAAACUUGAGGUAAAAGUGAAAAAAAGAAACUAUGUUGAGGGUUUUUGGGAGAAAUAAAUCCAUAAACCUUUUGCCUUGAAUACGCUGGAAUGAUUGUUGAUUGUUGAAGCACACAAAGAUUGUUGAAACACACACACACACACACACACACACACACACACACACACACACACACACACACACACACACACACACACACACACACACACCAGCAGGAAGUAAGAUUAAAUGUAUUUUGUUGAUGACUGAUGCGAACUAAAAGGAGUUUUUAACUUCA